CAACCCAAGUGCUAGUGAACACAUAAAUCACAUAAUAAGACAACAGCCAAGGAAUUGAAUUAGUGACUAAACCAGUGUAGUGCCCAGCAAGAUUGCUUCGUUCCGGUGGAGAAUAGUAUGCCCAUUUGUUCACAGUGGAUUCAACGAAUAAAAUGGCCGUUGGACCGACGGAGGGCAAACAGCCGCCCUCAGAGAGCUUCUCGCCCACGCACCACCAGAUUAUAGCACCCAGCCCCAUCCUGGCCGUUCCAACGCUGGCCUUCUCCGCCGCCCAGGUGGAGAUCGUGUGCAAGACGCUCGAGGACUCCGGCGACAUCGAGCGGUUGGCCCGCUUCCUCUGGAGCCUGCCGGUGGCCCUGCCCAACAUGCACGAGAUCCUCAACUGCGAGGCGGUGCUCCGUGCCCGCGCAGUGGUCGCCUACCAUGUGGGCAACUUCAGGGAACUUUAUGCAAUAAUAGAGAAUCAUAAGUUUACAAAGGCGUCCUACGGCAAACUGCAGGCCAUGUGGCUGGAGGCCCACUACAUUGAGGCCGAGAAGCUGCGCGGUCGAUCACUGGGCCCCGUGGACAAGUAUCGGGUGCGAAAGAAGUUCCCCCUGCCGCCGACGAUCUGGGACGGCGAGCAGAAGACGCACUGCUUCAAGGAGCGCACGCGGAGCCUACUGCGCGAAUGGUACCUACAGGAUCCCUACCCGAAUCCCACCAAGAAGCGGGAGCUGGCCAAGGCCACCGGGCUGAAUCCCACGCAAGUGGGCAACUGGUUCAAGAACCGCCGCCAGCGGGAUCGGGCUGCUGCGGCCAAGAAUCGCAUUCAGCAUAGCCAGAACAACUCGGGGAUGGGCUGUCGCAGCCGACGGGCGGACGGAGCUGCCUCGCCGACGCCCUCGGACAGCUCCGACUCGGACAUCUCGCUGGGCACCCACUCACCAGUGCCCAGCAGCCUGCAGCUGCAGCACAGUCCGGGCAGCACCUCCAACGGCGCCAACGACCGCGAGGAGAGCCUGAGCGUGGACGACGACAAGCCGCGGGAUCUGAGCGGAUCGCUGCCACUGCCCCUCUCCCUGCCCCUGCCGCUGGCCUCGCCAACCCACACGCCCCCCCAACUUACGGCGGGCUACGGCGGCGGGGCGGGCCCAGGACCCGGUGGACCGCUGACCGCUCCGGGCUGCCUGCCUCCGUUCAAGCUGGACGCGGCCACCAGUCUCUUCAGCGCCGGCUGUUACCUGCAGAGCUUCAGCAACCUGAAGGAGAUGUCACAGCAGUUCCCCAUCCAGCCGAUUGUACUGCGUCCGCAUCCUCAGCUGCCGCAGCCGCUGGCACUGAAUGGGGCAUCUGGCGGACCACCACUGCAUCAUCCGGCAUACGCGGCUGCCUACAGUGUGGAGUGUGUUCCGGGUGGGCAUGGACCACCGCAUCCGCCACCGAAGCUAAGGAUCAACUCACCGGAGAAGCUCAACUCCACGGCAGUGGCGGCGGCGGCUUCGGGCGGAGGAGGAGGUGGCAACCAACACCACGAGCCCACCACCAUGGGCUACCAUCACAGUGGCCAACUGAUGCUCCAUCGGCCCUUCUCCACGUCUCCGGAACUGAAGCACAGUGCUCCCGAGAUCACAUGAUAUCAGCGGGUCUGAGGUGUCCACCUGUUAGCCCACCCAGACUAACCUUACAACCCAAGCCCAAUCCCAAUCCCAAUCCCACAAGCUCCGAAGCACUAAGGCCCAGCUAUUCAGAUUGUUUCAAUUGUACUUCUAAGUUAGCCCGUAGUUAAGCGCAUCCCAGCGGCGGAGUUCGAGCAAUAUUCGAUCCGGAACUGUUUCCUAUAUCAUGACCCAUAAUUACCAUACCUUUACCGAUACCUAUACCUAUACCGUUACCCAGCAGCAGCAAAUCGCAAGCGUCGCACACUCACUCUUCAAAGAUAGCCAUUUAAGCCGGAUGGAAACAGAGAUACAGAUUUAGAGCUAAUCCAGAUGGCGGUCCCAGUGGCCCCAAAACUGAACUUGAAUUCGAGACGUUUU